UUCCAUGUUGGUACCGCUGAUUUUCAUUUCCAUUUCAUACGUUGGUAACACGAUAAAAUUGUUCCAGCAAAAUUCGCUAUUUAGUCAAGUUUAGUCAAAUUUAAUGGAUGUAAGUACGAACGUGAACUGAUUAGAAUAAACGUGAGAUUAAUCAAAGUGUUUGUUACGCUUAAAAAUCAUCAAAUAAUCUGCAACGAAAAUGAGUGAACUCGUGUGGGGAAUAAAAAUUGGUGAUUUGGAGCAAGUGCGAGAUAUCAUUGAAAAUAAGAAUAUUGACGUUAAUCAAAUGAUCGACGGAAGGACACCGCUACAUUAUGCAGCUGAUUAUGGCCAGAGUGAAGUAGUCAGAUAUCUUUUGGAAAAGGGUGCAAAUGCAAAUGCUACAGACAAGCAUGGAAUAACAAUAUUAUUAGCAGCGAUUUGGGAAGGACAUACAAAUUGUGUAAAAUUACUAUUAGAAAAAGGAGCUAAACCAGAUGGCUUAACACCACAGGGAAUCAGUUAUUUAGAUGCAGCUGAAAAGGAUGAAAUCAAACAACUGCUUAAAUCUCACUAGCACAAAACCAAAUGAAAUUCAAACAAUAAUUUUGUUAUUUUAGUAUUUUAAUGUUCCUCAUAGGAGUAUCACCAUUGCUUUCCCUUAAUUUUUUGCAUAUUGCUAGAGUAUCAUAUUUAUGCACUUUAAAUUAAAAAAAAAUAUAGGUACACGUGUAGUUUUAUAAUAAUAUAUUGCACAUCUGGAGUACGUAAUCAUAAACUCAUAUUAUUACAUGAUUAUUCAUAAAGAUUUAAAAUAUAUAUAAUUUCAGCUUUAAAAUAGUACAUCAUACAGAUUAUUUUGAAAAAUUAACAGAAACAAAUUUAUUUUUAAAGCAUGUAAUAUUAUAUAGCGAAAGAUAUUUUGAUACAUUUGUAAGAAGCAGCAUUGUAUUUUAAAUGUUUGUUAUUAAUUUAUAAAUGUUACAAAUUCCUUUUAUACAAUUUUUUUACAAUCUACCUACUAAAGCCAUAAUUCUGCUUUAGUUUAAUAUUUUUAUGAAAAAGAGCUAUAAAUAUACAGCAUAUUAAAUGCUUCAUUUAAGACGUAUUCACAUAAUUUAAGUGAGUUUCAAGAAAGACAUGUAUAAAUUAUAGAAGGAGAUUAAAAAACUUUAUGGUACUAAUUACCUAACAUGUCUUAAGAGGUCUUAAAGGUGUACAAUAAUCAAAAAUAAUAAGCCAGUGUAUCAUUGUUAUGUA